AUGAAGCUUUUAACCAAGGAAGAAGAAGAUGCGCACUACCGCUCCGUCGUCAAGGGUGGCACCAUCGGCGGUCUCGCCGGUCUAGCUGGAGGUGUCGCAGGUGUCCUCCUGGCCUCGCGUCGCUUCCACACAAUCCGCAACCUGACCAUUCCUAUGAAGUCCUUCCUGGUCACUUCAUCGGGUACCUUCGUCGGAAUCAUCGCCGCCGACCACGCCUCCCGCGAUUACGAAGUUCAGAACAACGCCGAGCGUCAAUGGUACGAUAGCCGUGAAGAGCGUCUGCGCGCCGAAGAAAUCCGCGGCCUCAGCUUCACCGAUCGUGCUGCUGCCUUUGCCCGCCGUGAGAAGUACAAGAUUAUUAGCGCCACCUGGAUCGCCUCUAUGGUUGGCUCGUUCGUGCUCGUCAGCCGUAACCCUGGUCUUACCGGACAGCAGAAGCUUGUCCAAGCUCGUGUCUAUGCUCAGGGUUUGACUCUUGGUGUGCUCUGUGCUUCCGCUGCUUUCGAGAUCUCUGACCAGCGCCGUGGUCGUGGUAUUCUUGACUCCAAGAAGCAGAAAGGUGCCAAGGUUGAGGAGGAGUCUCCUUCUCACCAGGGCUCGAGCAUUCAAGAUGGUGACCUCUGGAAGGACAUGGUUGCUGCUGAGGAACAGCGCUUGAGCAAGAAGCACCAGGAUCUCUACGAGCACCCUGGGAAGCACCAAGCAAAGCCUGCUGCCCAAGAGAAGAACGCCGAGUCCAAGCCCGCCGAGGAAGAGUCUAAGUCUGAGGAUAAGGAGUCCAAGUCCGAGGACAGCAAGGAUGAGAAGAAGGACACCAAAUCCGAGAAGAAGAACUAA